AUGUAUAUUCAAGGAUCUAACUCAGAUCAAUCACCCACCAAAAUGGUCUCACAAAUAAUAUUUACCCUGGCAAUACUUCUUACAUACACAAACACUGAGUACAUACCUCCAGGCCCUGCGUACCCUUGUCCAAAAGAUGCAAGCACAACAUUACUGUAUCCUUGUGUGUGCCAAAGAGGUAGUGACACAGGAUUGUACAUUAGGUGCGAUAACACGGGGCUGGCUGUGCUCAGUGUGGGGUUGGGUAAUAUUGCUGGAUUGGGGUUGCCAAUUGAAAGAUUGCAUUUAAGGGAGUGUAAAAUUACAAAACUUUUCGGCUCUCUGUUUCAUCGUUCCAUCAUACGAGUAAUGGAGAUAGAAGAUACUCCUAUAAAGGAAAUCGACGAAUAUGCAUUCGCUGGUGUCAACAGAACAUUGCAAGAGUUGUAUUUCAAGAAUACGAAGAUCAGGGAGUUCCCUGCAGCUGCUUUUAAGAUGCUGGGAAACGUCUCGAUAUUAUCAAUCGAUGGUCAUCUAAUGACAAAGUUGAACAAAGACAUUUUCGCCGGUAACCUGGCUGCAGGGAAACUGGAGAGAUUAUAUCUCUCUAACGGUCUUCUAGCAGAUAUACCCAUAGAAACGUUUCAGCCUUUGAGAAAACUUAAAACCUUAGAUCUUCACGGCAACAAGUUGGCCACGCUGAAAAGAAACCAGUUCAAAGGUCUGAGAGACACCGAAGUUUUGGAUAUCAGCUACAACAGUAUUACGAAAUUAGACGGUAGCCACAUCGGCGACCUCACGAAACUUGGCUGGUGCAACGCCAGUCAUAAUCAAAUUGGAGACAUACCUAGGGGUAUGUUUGCAAGAAAUACACUUUUAAAAGUACUACAUUUGGAUAACAAUAAAAUAAAAAAAUUGGACACGAACAGCUUUAGAGGAAUGAGGCUUUUGAGGCGUCUGUAUCUCCAAGACAACCAGAUAUCAGAUAUCGGUCGUGGCACCUUCUCUUCUGUGACCCGAAUCGGUACCGUGGACCUGGCGAGGAACAAGAUCCCGAAGGUCGAUUUCCAGAUGUUCCAGCAGGUUAAAUACGCUGAGAUCCUAAAUCUCGCCGAAAAUCAAAUAACAAUAAUUGAGAAGCAGGCUUUUACGGACCUGUAUCAGGCUGUGGUGAACAUCUCCCAUAAUGCCUUGACCACCAUCGAGGCAGAAGCGUUCCAGAACUGCAACAAUAUGACGUUGCUGGACUUCAGUCACAACAAUCUUUCACAAAUCCCCAGGAAAGCCUUCGACGAGAACAGCUAUGCUUACCAUCUACAAAUGUCUUAUAACAACUUUCAGAAUUUUAGUCAGAUACCGAUCCUCAACAUGGCUGGUAUACAGAUCCUCAACGCGUCCCACAACCUUAUUGAGUCUAUACCGAAGCAGGCGUUCCCAAAACUGUACGAACUAAACACAGUGGACCUUUCGUACAACAAUAUUAGUGAAAUAUUUAAUGGUGUAUUUCAGAACCUUUUCUCUUUGCGAUUCGUGAAUUUAAGUCACAACUCCCUAGAACAAAUCCGUCCAUCCACAUUCGGCACCGUACCCACGAUAUUGGAACUCGAUCUGUCCCACAACAAGUUGAGAGAUAUAUCCAGAGGGAGUCUGGCAAAGUUGGCCAGUUGCCGAUCUAUUGACGUCAGCCAUAAUCAGCUGGAGAAACUGUUCCAAAUACCUAUAAGUUUAGGUGAAAUAAACUUAGCGGACAACAAACUCACAGAGAUCAAAGCAAACACUUGGCCAUCGAUGAACGCGUUACUUAGAAUCAACAUGUCGUCCAACAUGUUGACCGACACGUUGCACUCCGCCAGCUUCUCCAGCUUGUUGACGUUACAAUCGCUCGAUUUGUCAUACAAUGGGUUGACUCGACCACCGUGGGAGGCGUUGAAUUCUCUGAGCAGUUUGCAGUAUUUAUAUUUGCAGAACAAUAAUUUAACAUCUCUCAGCAAAUCAGCGUUCGGCAACCUCCCCACAACAUUCAUGAUAGAUUUAUCAUAUAACCAAAUAACAACAGUGGCGCAACGCUCGUUCAACGGCUUGCAGCAGUUGCUCGACCUCUCCCUAAGGGGGAAUGGCCUGGAGAGUAUUCCCAACGAAGCGUUCAAAGGGCUGGUUGCUUUGAGAAAACUGGAUUUAUCCCACAAUUUCCUUGAAAAAAUUGAUAACAAAACCAAUGGAUUGUUGGAUGAUUGCCUGUCUCUAGAGAUGGUGAACCUGAGCCACAAUAAAUUCGGGUUCCUCACAAAGAAAAUGUUCCCCUCAAACCCCUGGAUCCCGUACAGACUGCAAGAAAUCGACCUGAGUUACAACGACAUACCUGUAGUCACAUACGACCUCACUGUUGGAGCUAAGAAAGUCAAAAAAUUGAACUUAUCAGGAAAUAUUAUCAACGAAGUGAGAAACAAUGUCCUCGGAAAUUUGACCUCAUUAGAGAUAUUGGAUUUAUCUAACAACAACUUAAAGGAUUUGGUUUCCAGAACAUCCGAAAUAAAAUUCGCUCUCCCAGAGAAUAUAACGGAACUGUAUUUACAAAACAAUUCGUUACUAUCUCUGCCUACCCCACAUCUAGUGAACGCGUCACAAUUGAAGUUGCUGGACCUCAGAAACAACCAGUUAGUAAGCUUCGAGCCGGAAAUUGUCAAAAAGGUGGAAAAAGAUGGAUUGGUUGUGUAUUUUGAAGGUAACAAUCUAAAAUGUGAUUGCUUCAUACGCCCCUUAAAACACUACUUGAAUCACAUCACGCCAUCUUUAUUAAAAAUUGACCAAAAAUAUCAAAAUCUCACAUGCGCCGAACCUGCCACAUUGGAGAACAAAAACUUACUAACAGUCGAUGAGGAAAGAUUAUUGUGCAUUGGCAACACUGAAGUUGAUAGUAAGAUUAUUGAGCAUAGCAACACUGAAGGCGAGACGACUUUCGAUUUCAUCUUGGAACCAGAUGUCGCUUUUCGACAUGUACAAUACUCCCAAACAUCCAUUUAUGUCCACUGGUUUGUCUCAACGAAGGAAGAUGUGGCCGAUUUUGUAAUUUACGUCAGAGACGGUUCAAACAAGCUCCAAUAUUCCUCCGAUAUAGGUUACCAUCUCCGCUCUAUCACCAUCCCCAUAGAAGAAGAAUUUAAAACCGCUUUGAAAUCAGGCGGAAAUUAUCAAAUUUGCAUCCAAGCGAAAAGCUCUAAUGGUGCGCCGAGAAAAUGGCACCCAUCUCAGUGUCAAACCGUCCCAUCCGACUUCGAUUCCUGGGCAAGGAAGUUGGUUGUAGACAAAAGGAAAAUUACUAAAAAGAAGUCUAGAAGGGGGUGGCUCUUUAAUAGUGUUAUGGGACUUGCUUCUGCCUUCGGCUUCGCAUGCUGUAAUCUCGAUUUUGACAAUAACCUAAUGAAAAAUACCUACUACUCCUUGAUGAAGGUCAAGUCUCGGACCCAACAUGGGUUGUUACGUCCGAGGCUGGAAUGGCAUUCUUAA